AUGAAUUACUUAUCUGAGCAACAAGCAUCGACUGAAACAGAUCCAAUGAUAAGUUCAAGAAACGAAACUGUAUCAUUGGAAGCAUUAAAAAUGAACAAAGAAUAUAUAAAUAAUAACGUAUCAAAUUUUAUUUCAAAUGAUAAUGAGCAAAAAUCAAAUAGCAAGAUUUGGUCUUUAUUUGAAGAAAAUAUUCUUUAUAAAGAUGAAAAUCAUACGAAUAUCAAUAAAGAAAAAUUAAGUUGGAGAUCAAUUAUUGGAUCCAUGUCACAUAUUGAUAAUAUUUAUCGACAAGAUAAUUUUAUGAAAAAUUUUCAACGAUUAAAAUUUCUAUUAAUAUUAAUUGAUUCAAUAUUUCGUGGUAUAAGUCAAGUUAUGUUUGCUAAUAAUCCAUUAUCAGGUAUAAUAAUAACCAUUGGAUUAUUUAUUGGAAAUUGGGAAUUAACACUUUAUGCAAUACUCGGAACAACAUGUUCAACAAUCACUGCUCAUUUAUUUGAUUUUAAUUAUAAUUCAAUUCGAACUGGUUUAUAUGGUUAUAAUGGAUGUUUAACAGGAAUGGCUAUGGCUUAUUUUACAUUUUCGAAGUCUCCUCAAAUAAUUCCAUUUGUAAUAAUAAUGAGUAUAUUUUCAACAAUAUUUUAUGAAGCAAUAUCAAAAAUUCUUGUUCAUCGUCUUGGUAUUCCACCAUUUACAUUUAGUUUUCAAGUUUCAAGUUGGAUAUGGCUUCUUGGAGCUCUUAAAUAUCGAUAUUAUUUUAUAAAUGGUAAUAUAUUAAAUCCAACAUUAUUAACAACAGUUGUCGAUAAACCUCAAUUACUUAAUAUAUCGUUUGCUGGUUAUGCAAUUGGAGAUAAUUUUGUUGGUUUUUUUGCAAGUAUAGGACAAGUUUUUUUCAUUGAAAAUCCUUGUACAGGUGCGAUUAUUAUUAUUGGUAUUGCAAUUUGUUCUCGAAUUCUUGCAUUUUUUGCAUUAUUUGGUGCUGUUACAGGUCAAUUAACAGCAGCUUAUGUACUAGGAUUACCUGCAAAAGCAAUUUAUAAUGGUUUAUGGGGUUAUAAUGCAGUAUUAACAUGUCAAGCAUUAGGUGGCAUGUUUUUAGUUCUAUAUGGAUAUCACAUAUGGUUAUUUACAUUAUUAGGAUCAAUAUUAACAAUAUUUGUUCAAGGAGCAUUAUCAUCAUUUUUAUCAUCAUGUGGUAUGCCAACAUUAACAUUUCCAUUUACUUUUAUUUGUUGGAUAUUUUGUUUAAUGGUUCCAACAAAACAUUUAAUACCUGUUAAAUUAUCAGAUUGUAAUAUAUCUGAAGAUCAUUUAUAUAGAUAUCGUCUUUCAAAUUAUGUUAAAAAUGAAUUUAAAUAUUUGAAUAAAUUAAGUUCAAUAAUAUCAUCUUUAAAUGAAGAUAUAACAAAUAUUGAAUUAAUAAAAAUAGAAAAAGAAUUUAUUCCAAUAUUAAUGUCAACAUAUACAUUUCGAAAGGAUUUGAAAAAAUUGAAAAUUUUAUUUAAAAACUUAACUAAUAUUCAUUAUAUGGAUUUUACGAAUCGGACUCCACUUCAUAUAAGUGCAUGUCAAGGUUACUUAAGAAUAUCCAAAUGGCUUAUUGAAAAAGUUAAAAUAAAUGUUAAUUCAAUUGAUAAUUUUGGUUCAACACCAUUAUAUGAUGGAUUUAUAAAUGGAAAUAUAAAUGUAACAAAUUAUAUUUAUGUAAAUGGCGGAAGAUUUUCAUCAACAAAAUAUAAAGAAUUAUCGUUUUAUUUAAAUGCAUUUAUUUAUGAAAAUUAUAUUGAUGGAAUAAAAUAUUUAAUUCAAUUAGGUUUUAAUCCAAAUGAAACUGAUUAUGAUGGAAGAUAUUCUUUACAUUUAACUGUUCAUACAAAUAAUUUGAAUAUUGUUCCACAUUAUUUAUUAGAUACAAACAAUCAAAUAACUCUUAAUAAAAAUAUUGAAAUAGUUACAAAAAUUGAUUCAAAUGAACAAAUUAAUAAUGAAGAUAAUAUUUCUUCGCUAAAUUUAGAACAAAAUCUUUUACCUUAUCUUCUUUCUAUUAGUACAGAUGAUAAUACUAUAGAUAAAUUAUCAAAUUUUAUUCAUCAAUAUCCAAAUUUAAAAAUAUUUGAUUAUUUUGAUUAUGAUAAUCGUUGUUUAUCACAUAUAGCUGCAAUUAAAGGUCAGUUUGAAAUAAUUCAAUAUUUAUCUACAUCUUGUUCAAAAUCUUAUUUUCAACAAAUAAUUAAUCGAGAAGAUCGAUGGAAUUUAUCAACAUUAGAUUACGCAUUUAUUUAUAAACAUAAUCAUAUAGUUAAUUUUAUUAAAGAACAUUUAUUAUCUAUAGAAAAUAAUUCAAUUGAAUAUGAAAUAAAUUUACAAUAUAAAACAAUCGAUUCAAUUUUAAAUAAAUGGAAAAGAAUUUUUCUGUUUUUAACGUUAUCUGCAUCAGGUAAUGCACAACGAAUUGAAACACUUUUCAAUCGAGGAUAUUUUGUAAAACAAGAAUUAUAUGCUGAUUAUGAUGGACGAACACCCAUGCAUUUAGCUACAACUUAUGGACAUAUUAAUGUUAUUCAACUUCUUAUUCAUUUAGGUUAUCAUGGAAUUAAUCAUAAAGAUCGUUGGGGAUAUUCUCCUUUAGAUAUUGCUAUACAGAUGAAAUCUAAUAAUAUUAUUUCUAUACUUCAACAAUAA